CCACUGUUUAUCUGUAGUGAGUCUAUGCUGUCAAUCCACUGUUUACUUCAGCUGUCAAUAUGUAUCCACCUCCAUUUGCUUUGGAGGAGGCUGAAGACCUUUGUGAAAGGAGUCCAAAAAGAGUCGAUGAGACAGCGAUGCUAAAUUCUGUCCUAUGGAGGUGAUACUGAGGUGAGUUCUUUCACUUUUCUGUCAGAAAGCACUGCUUUGAGCCUCUGUUAGGGUCUGCUCUCUCAUACAAUGUGAGAAUGUAAUCAAACUGUUUAUCAGAGGAAAACUGUGUUUUUAGGGCACUUGUCCUAAAGUCUAACAUUAGCUGGUUAGCUAAUAAUGUUAGUUUAUAACCAGCUGUUGUUGUUUAGCCAGCUUGUUAUCAGCUGUCUAGAGACUUGAGAGCUUCAAGUCUAAUCUGCUGAUGAUAAGGAAUUACCAAUAUCAGGAAUAAAUUAGCAUGUUUAUGCAGGUUUUCAUGCGUAAGAGGCCUGACUUCUGUUCAGGGGUCGAACACAUGCUUGUCACAUGAUGAGUUUGAGGUUGAGACAAGCUUGAACUUCUAGUCUGCUUCUUUACAUGCUUUAUUGUUCAUUUGUGCAUGUUUUAUUAAGGAAGCUCAGUUUUAAAAGGAACCAUUUGGAUGUUUACAUCAUUUGAAACCUUGCUAAAUAAUCUUUUCCCCUCAGACUUGAAGGAACUUAUGGAAAAGAAAUGAAAAACACUUGCUCAUGUUUUACAUAUAUUGCAAGUCCCAUAGACUUACAUAAAUAUAAUUGUUAUUUAUUCAUAACGAUUGGCCAUUUUGCAUUUAUUUCAUGCAAUAUAAUUCUAAGGACCAAGUAUAAAGAAGUAUAAAUUCAGUAUUAUUUUGAGUAGUAAAAAUGUGAAAUGUCUUGAUGCAUGCUCAGUCAUCCAGGUAAGUAAAUCCCAAAAAGUUUCCUAUUUACACAUACCAGCCAGUGGACACUCUUUCAAUGAUGAGGAUGUGCACAUCCUGAAUGGAGAGGAACACUGGCUUGAGUGGGGAGUCAAGAAGGCAAUUUACGUGAAAAGGGAAAGACCAUCUCUGAAUCGAGGAGGGGGCCUAAGGGUACAUCUUUUACCAUCUUGCUGUGAUUAAAGCCAUUCCCCAACUCUCUGGGAAUGGUACUCAUGGCCAUUGAUCAAUGGGCUUUGAUCAAUGGUCAUGGCAAUUUGCAUAUUAAUAAUCAAGGACCUGACCUCUUAGCUCAUUGUUCAUUCAGUGGGCUGGUUUCAGUCACUGUAGAAAUCUACUGUUUAUAAGGUUUGGGAAACCUGCAGUCAGCUGAGACUGAAGUCACCUGGAUGAGUGACGAAACGUUUCUCCCACUGAAAACGUUACGUCCAGAUGAACAGAAUCAACCUUUUGGGAAAAAUGUGAAAUGUUUCAGGAGAAAAUGAUAUAAACUGUGUAUUUAAACAAUCAUGUACUAUUGGAUUGUAAGUUUAUUCUAUUUUUUAUUCAUUUAUUUUUUUAUUUUCUCUCUUUUCCAUGUGAUGUUACUCAUUUGUUCAAAGGGUUCACUUCCUUGAUGUUUGACUAAACUAAUGGUUUUGUGAUUACCCAUACCUGAUGUGUGCUCACACAAACACACAGUUUUCACUUUGAUCUUUAGUUUGGACAAAAAUGUCUAAAACUGGCUUGUUAAUAUAUAAACACACACACACACACACACACACACACACACAGAGCCACAGCUGUGAAGAGUUUAGCUUACUAAUUCGAGUGACAGAAAACCCCAGUUAGGACCCUGCUGGGCAGAGAGAUAGGAGCUCAUCAGACUUAUCUCCCCCUCCCACAUCACCCACUGCAGACCCCUAGUUUCAACAUAAAUACAAAAACUUAAAACACCACUUAUAUAUUUAUGGAGUCUAAUCUAAGUGAGCCGUCACUUAGCAUCGGGUAAACUGCACUUAACGUUCAUGAAUCCAUAAGAGCUGUGUCAGUGGUUAACACCAAACUGGUGUAAUGAGGAGUUUAAUAUGCACAAAACUAACCGUUACAAGUGACACCAUGUUUUGUAAGAGGAAAUUCAGCAGGUUUAUGGGGCCAAAUAUAGCCGUUAUCAGCUCCCACAGCUGAGUGGGCAGUCCACUGUGAGUAGUGAACUAUCAUCUGCAGAUGCGAGUAGUAACUGAACAUGCCAGACGAUGACAGCUGAAACCACAAAACUGCUAGAGGACCAUUGAGAAAAGGAGUUUCUUUCCCAGGGUGACCUCAGCUCACCCACUCACAGUUCUGGUUAUCAAAUGCGCUCAGCUUAAUAAUGGUGCACAAGAAGGAAGUACAUAAAUAAAAAAAAUAUAUAUAUAGAAAAAACGAAGAUGAGGACGAAGAGGUUUUGUGUCGGGUGAAGUCCACGGGGAGACUGGAAGGAUGGAUGAAGGAAACAAAACCAUGAUUGUGUUUUUUCUGCUCUUCGUUUUUUCAGGUAAGCCAGCAGAAGGCCAGAGUCUGUUGGAUGUGUGCUCAACCUGCCAUGCUAAUGCCACGUGUGACGACAAGUCAGAUGGCUCGGGCAAAGUUUGUAACUGCAAGUACGGCUUUGUUGGAAAUGGAAGAACCUUCUGUCAAGACAAAGAUGAGUGUCAGAUAGGAUCCAGUAAGAUCUGUGGCCAGCACACCACUUGUCACAACACUUUUGGCAGCUACUACUGUACUUGUCUGACUGGCUACAGCCCUUCUAACAACAUGGCUGUUUUCAUCCCAAAUGAUGGCACCCACUGCCAGGACAUUGAUGAGUGCAGGAUCACAGGGCAGUGUGGAGAGGGAGCUCAAUGCAGGAAUCUUGAGGGCAGCUUUGACUGCAGCUGCCAGGUUGGAUACAAAAUCUACAAUGGAGUAGAACCCUUUAACCCACUGAGAGACAAAGCUUCCUGCAAAGUUGUUGACUGUGGCCCGCCUGCACUACUGGAGGACACGUUCCUACUGUCAGUCACAGGAACUACGUACAGCAGCGUGGCCACGUUCAUCUGCGAUGAAGGCUUUGUGUGGAGGAGGGGAGACAACAGCUCUGUGUGUGGUGCUGAGGGGCUGUGGAGCGAACCUAACAUGGUCUGUGAAGAGGUUGACUGUGGUUCUCCACCUGCCGUCCCUCACUCACGUUUGCUGUGGAAUAAAAGCACAAGGAUGGGCACUGAGGUGGUUUACCAGUGUAACUCUGGAUAUCAUAAUGUUGGAAAGGGAAAUGUCUCCAUCUGCACUGCAGCUGGACAGUGGGCGGGUCCAUCUGUGCUCUGCCGAGAGAUCUUGUGUGGAAAUCCUCCUGUAAUUGAAUUCACUGGGCAGGUGUGGAGUUAUAACUCCACCCCUGGCAGCACUGUGCUCUAUUUCUGUAAAGACGGCUUUUAUAACAAAGGAGGAAAUAAUGUAUCCACCUGUCAGGAAAAUGGUCAGUGGACAUCCCCAACUUUGUCAUGCCAAGAGAUAUUAUGUGGGGAUCCUCCAAAUCUGCCUCACACUGGACAAUUGUGGAAAGGUAGCUCCACCCCAGGAAGCACUGUAAUUUACUACUGUAAAAAAGGAUUUUAUCACAGUGACGGAAACAAUGUUUCAGUGUGCACAAUUAAUGGUUACUGGACAAAACCAGAUAUCUCAUGCAAAGAAGUUGACUGUGGCAAGCCCCUACUCAUCCCUAAUUCAGUCAUGUACUGGGAUAAAAUUUCCACUGUGGGCUCAAAGGUUAUUUAUCAGUGUAAACCUGGAUAUCGCAAUGCUGGAACAGGGAAUGUAUCUGUUUGUAGUGCCAGUGGAAAAUGGGAUGCAGCACCUAUCCUUUGUCAAGAAAUCAACUGUUGGGAGCCUGUUUUAAAACCCAAUGCUAAAAUGUUAUGGGAUGGCACAUCACGCGUUGGUAGUGUGGUUUAUUACCAGUGUGCAGAGGGAUAUUACACCAGGAGCCUGAGAAACUACUCAGUAUGUGGAGAAAACGGACUAUGGGAGGAUAUUGAUCUGUGGUGUGAAGAAAUAAGCUGUGGUCCCCCAGUAGCCCUCCCCCACACUAAUCUCCUGUGGGGCCACAGCAGCACACCGGGGACCACUGUGCUGUAUGAGUGCAUGGAAGGAUUUUACCAGGAGAGUGGGAAUAAUAUGUCAACAUGUUCACUAUCAGGAGAGUGGGGGGAAGUAUCUAUAAAGUGCAAAGCUAAAUGUGGCCCAGCUCCUUUUCUUGCCAACUCCAAGGUGGUGUGGCAUAAUAGAAGUAUUGUGAUCCACCGCUGCGUGGCAGGAUAUCACAGCUGGAGGGGAAGCAACGUCUCUGUGUGCGGGAGCUCCGGGGAGUGGCAGAAAGCUACGCUGAGAUGCAUAGAAAUCAAACCACCUAUCAAUCACCUGCUUAUUUUUAAUGAAAGCUGCCUGCAGUGGAAAGCAGAAAAGUACGAGGAGGACACAGAGAUUUACAAGGUGACUUACACUGGAUCCAGGGACUACCAGAGACCCUUUUAUAACAAAAGGAAGAGAUUUCUGAGGUCCAAAGCAGACCAGCUGAAGCUCUGCCUCAGCUUGCUUCCAGUCACAAACUAUAGCAUCACUGUCACUGCAACAUCUGCCAGGUUCACAGCCUCCGUCACCACAAACACCAGUCUACCAGUACCUCCAGGACCGGUUGUCUACUACAGGGAAUUUGACACUCCUCUACCAACGUUGAGUCUACGCAGAUCACCCAACACACUGGACUUAAUAAGUUUGUACCAAGUGUUUGUGCUUCCUGUAGAGGGGAUUAUGAUGUUUAACUGUUCCUCUCCUCCAAUCGCGUCGCCUUUGCGCACACUUAAGUCACCAGCAGAGUACAUCACUGCUCAGUUUGAAGUCCAUCGUGUUGGAACAGAGAUGAAUCUUACUAUAGGGGAUGGGCUGCUCUAUGGUGGCUUUCAUAAUGCACCACUGGAGAGUGGCAAGAACUAUUAUAUCAUUUUACGGGCUGUCAGUCAGUGGAAAUCGGCCUUAAAAAGUUCCUGUGUCCUGUGGGCUAAAGUAACAGCUACAUCGUACGCUCUGAGGGUUUCAUCGCUGUCUGCUGUAGCUACUAUCGGGCUGGUUGCUGUGGUUAUUUGGGGAGGCUACAGUAUCACCUGGUGUUUCAAGAAGACAUGAUGCUCCUGAGUGCUGACGUGCUCUAAUACUGUCCUGAGUUUCUACCAGUACAUUUUGUAAAUAGUUAUUAUUUUAUAUUAAAUAUUAUCACCAUAAUAAACUUAUUAAAAUCA